UAAACAUACGUUGACGUCAGAUUAGCAGAUUACCGCAAAAGUAGCUUUCAUUAUGUAUUUAUAAGAUAAACUAUUUUGAUAAUGGUUUUAUAAGUUGUUAUUUUUAUAAAAUGGAUCAAAGUAAUAACUCUAGACGAGAUUUAGACAUAGAUAGUUUUAGGAAUGAAGAACCUGGAUACGACCGUGCGCGUAUGCGAAGACAAUCUGGAGGCUUCGUUGACUUUGGAAAUGAGUCACAAUAUGGUACAGGUGGUCACCAAGCGUCUGGCGCUAACGAAAUUUUCGCUGAUAUACAGGGAGAUGUUCCUUGGUGGAAGUCAAAUUUCUUCAUAUCACAGCCAGUUCUUUUUGGAACUUGGGAUGGAGUAUUCACAUCAUGCCUUAUCAACAUUUUUGGUGUAAUUGUAUUUUUAAGAUCUGGCUGGAUUGUAGGCCAAGCUGGUUUAGUUAAUGGCAUAUUUAUAGUGAUAUUCACAGUCUUUGUAGCUCUGAUCUCAGUCCUUUCAGCGGUGGGUAUAUGUGAAAGAUGUAGAAUAGAAAGUGGAGGGGUGUAUUUUUUACUUGGACAUACUUUAGGCUCACGAAUGGGAGGAACACUAGGGAUGGUGUAUUGUUUUGGCCAAGCAGUUGGAUGUGCCCUUAAUGUAUUUGGUUUUGGUGAAUCAAUGGCCAAUUUAAUUGGUUCUGACAACACAUGGGCAGCUCGGGGCUUUGCCAUUGCUGCUGUACUUCUCUUAGGAGUAAUAAAUGUAGCUGGAGUUAAAUGGGUGAUAAAACUCCAGUUUGUUUUAUUACUUAUUAUCUUGUUAGCAGCUAUUGACUUCUUUGUUGGAUCUCUAACAACAGUUCCUACUGCAGAAUUUAAAGGCUGGUUGGGUGGUACAAUAGCUAACAAUACCUGGUCCAAUUAUCAAGAUGGCUACACAUGGUUCAAAUGUUUUGGUGUCUUCUUUCCCACAAUCACUGGCAUACUGGCAGGAAUUAACAUGAGUGGUGACUUGAAGAACCCAUCCGUUAACAUUCCUAAUGGUUCUUUAGCUGCCAUUAGCACUGGAACAUUUUUGUACUUGAUGUUUAUAAUCACAUUGGCAGCGACAGUAACAAGGGAGGCUCUGCUUAAAAACUUCUCAAUAACAGCAGAUAUAUCAGCUUUGACAGUUUUACUGCUGGCUGGGUUGUACGUCAGCUCUAUGAGUUCGUGCUUAGGUGCUAUGUACGGCACACCUAGAGUUCUACAGAGCAUUGCCAAUGAAAAAGUUAUACCUGGACUGGAUAUACUCGGACAUGGGCGGGGACCUAACAAGGUGCCAGUUUACUCAAUGGUGGUAGUGGCAGUUGUGACGGUGACAUUUAUCAUCAUCGGAGACAUCAACAAGCUGGCGCCCAUCGUCACUAUGCCUUUCCUCAUCACUUACGCUAGUAUUGAUUAUUCUUAUUUUGCCCUCGCCCAGACAUUUGAUCUGCAACAUAAACGUGAAAUGAGAUUCCAAGGCCACGCACAAAGAGACCCACAAGUCUAUGGAGCCACGGGAAGUGAUCUCGACCUCUUGUUUCCCGAAAGAAUACGACACAAAAACGUUGGCGAUUUCACUCCAUCUCCCAGCGACUCGGCAAUAAUGAAUGGGCGCAUGGCCAACGGCGACGGCGUGCGUCGCCCCAGCGUCAGUGUACACUCGAAGAAUAAAAAUUGGUAUUCACAUCUUUGCAACAGAUGGCUAUCCCUUGCUGGUGUGGCGGUGAAGUUGUCGCUGAUGGUGCUGGUGCACUGGGCGUACGCGCUGGGCUGCCUGACCAUCCUGUGGCUGCUGUGGCUGUACAUCGGCGCUGCCAACCCCGCCGUCAAGCCAGGCCGCGCUUCGGAAUUCAGAUUCUUCCACUGGCUCAAGAUAUCAUUCUUACAAGCUAUCGGCAAGCGACCUCUGGAGUAUGAGCAGUUGGUGGUGACUCCGGUGCACGGCGACAUAUCCGUGGAGCAGGAGCGGCUGAACGACGACAACGAGGACUUUGCGUCGCGCCGCCGCUACCACCAGUCUACCGCGCUGCAGACACAUCUCGUCAGCGUCGACACAUAACUGGCAUCAACGAAUACAGACAUAAAAGAAAAAAAAG